GGGAGCUCUUUCCGUGUUGCACAGUGUUACGUAUGUUUUUUUCCGUCGAACAUGUUUGGUAAUAUGUUACUGCCCUGCAGUGAAUGACAGAGGAGUCUCCGGCGAAGGUGAGUCUCUUCCUGCUGACCCGUCCUCAGGUGUGGACUGACUGCAGCUACCCGCCAUGCUGCUCCCCCUCCUGCUGCGUCCGUCCCUCUGCUGCCCUCCGGCCUCCUCCUUGUUGACCCGCUGCGUCCGGACGCUCCGGUGCAACGCCUCCAGGUCGCUGCUCCACUCUCAGGCCGAGCACUUCCUGCUCAGGAGGCUCCCCUCACGCCACCAUGCUCCGAUCCGAGGCGUCAAGGGCCGAAGCAGGAAGACCAAGAACCAGGAGGAGCAGUGGAAGGCCAGGAACAAGACGGUGCUGACGUACAUCGCCGCCGCCGGGGUCGGGAUGAUCGGCCUGUCUUACGCCUCCGUGCCGCUCUACAGGCUCUACUGCCAGGCGUCGGGGCUCGGCGGCACGGCGGUGGCCGGACACGACACAGAACAGGUGGCGACGAUGAAGCCGGUGAAGGAACGCGUCAUCAAGAUCUCCUUCAACGCAGACACGCACGCCAGCAUGCAGUGGAACUUCAGACCGCAGCAGACCGAUAUCUUUGUGGUUCCCGGUGAGACGGCGUUGGCGUUCUACAGAGCAAAGAACCCCACAAACAAACCCAUCAUCGGCAUCUCCACCUACAACGUGGUGCCCUUUGAUGCGGGACAGUACUUCAACAAGAUCCAGUGUUUCUGCUUCGAGGAGCAGCGUCUGAACCCCCACGAGGAGGUGGACAUGCCCGUCUUCUUCUACAUCGACCCCGAGUUCGACGAGGACCCCAGGAUGGCCCGAGUGGACACCAUCACGCUGUCCUACACCUUCUUCGAGGCCAAGGAGGGCCAGAAACUCCCUCUGCCCGGAUACAGCUACAACUGAGGAUCAAAGGACCAGGAACCUGAUUCUGGUUCAGAUAUGAGUCUGAGGAAAGAAAUGAAGGGGAAUUAUUACCUAAGACUCUAUUCUUUGAAUAUGCUUUUAAUCUGGAAAAGCCUCUGAAAAAGACUUUUACACUGAAAAUCAAAACAGGAAAAAGAUUGAAAAAGUGCUGCUGUUAGGAAAAUAGAAUGUUUAGAGAAUAAAUGAAAUAUUUGAAGAAAAA